AUUCAAAAAACAAUAAAGAAGACAGCCCGACGGGAACAACUAAUGAGAGAAGAAGCUGAACAAAAACAUUUAAAGACAGUACUUGAAUUGCAGUAUAUUUUGGACAAAUUGGGUGAUGAUGAAGUGCGCAGUGACCUAAAACAAGGAACAAAUGGGGUAUCUAUAUUAACAGAAGCAGAACUAUCCACACUUGACGAGUUUUACAAGCUGGUUGAACCCGAACGUGAUAUGAACAUAAGGUUGAAUGAACAAUAUGAACAGGCAUCCAUUCAUUUGUGGGAUCUGUUGGAAGGGAAGGAAAAACCUGUAUGCGGGACAACAUGCAAGUAUUUUUAUUCUUAUGAUUUUCAAAUGAUAACAUUUAGAAUAUUUAGGUUGAUUCUUUAUAAUUUGCAGUACCUGUGGUUUUAUGGUAAUACCAAAAAAGGAGACAUAACACUGCAAAUUCUCAUACAAUACCCUUAA